AGGAAAGUAUAAUUUGCUGAUCACUUUUUACAGAGUCCUUUUUUUACGGGGAUAGCAGCGAGGGAAGGUGUGGAUAGACAAAGCAGGAGACAGGCAACAACCAGGACAAAAUGGCAAAGGAACUGAUCCACAUCAACAUCGUGGUCAUUGGCCAUGUCGACUCCGGCAAGUCCACCACCACAGGCCACCUGAUCUACAAGUGCGGAGGAAUCGACAAGAGAACCAUCGAGAAGUUUGAGAAGGAAGCCGCUGAGAUGGGCAAGGGCUCCUUCAAGUACGCCUGGGUGCUGGACAAACUGAAGGCCGAGCGUGAGCGUGGUAUCACCAUCGACAUCGCUCUGUGGAAGUUUGAGACCAGCAAAUAUUACGUGACCAUCAUCGAUGCCCCCGGACACAGAGACUUCAUCAAGAACAUGAUCACCGGCACCUCUCAGGCCGACUGCGCCGUGCUAAUUGUUGCUGCCGGUGUUGGUGAGUUCGAGGCCGGUAUCUCCAAGAACGGCCAGACCCGUGAGCACGCCCUGCUGGCUUUCACCCUUGGCGUGAAGCAGCUCAUCGUUGGAGUCAACAAGAUGGACUCCACCGAGCCCCCUUACAGCCAGUCCCGUUUCGAGGAAAUCACCAAGGAAGUGAGCACCUACAUCAAGAAGAUCGGCUACAACCCUGCAGCCGUCCCCUUUGUCCCCAUCUCUGGGUGGCACGGAGACAACAUGCUGGAGGCCAGUGCCAAUAUGAAGUGGUUCAAGGGAUGGAAGGUCGAGCGCAAGGAGGGCAAUGCCAAUGGAGUCACACUGCUGGAGGCUCUGGAUGGCAUCCUGCCCCCCUCCCGUCCCACAGGCAAGGCCCUGCGUUUGCCCCUGCAGGAUGUCUACAAGAUCGGAGGUAUUGGAACUGUUCCCGUCGGCCGCGUUGAGACCGGCAUUAUAAAGCCCGGCAUGGUCGUCACCUUUGCUCCCUGCAACCUGAGCACUGAGGUGAAGUCCGUGGAGAUGCACCACGAGUCUCUGCUCGAAGCCAUGCCCGGCGACAAUGUCGGCUUCAACGUCAAGAACGUGUCCAUCAAGGAUAUCCGCCGCGGGAACGUGGCCGGCGACAGCAAGAACGACCCACCCAAAGGAGCUUCAGACUUCACCGCCCAGGUCAUCGUCCUGAACCACCCCGGCCAGAUCCAAAAAGGUUACGCCCCCGUGCUGGACUGCCACACCGCUCACAUCGCCUGCAAGUUCAGCGAGCUCAUCGAGAAGGUUGACCGUCGUUCCGGCAAGAAGAUCGAGGAUGAUCCCAAGUUUGUCAAGUCUGGAGAUGCUGCCAUCGUCAAACUGGUCCCAGGCAAGCCCAUGUGUGUGGAGCAGUUCUCUGAUUAUCCUCCACUGGGUCGCUUUGCUGUGCGUGACAUGAGGCAGACUGUGGCUGUUGGUGUCAUAAAGUCGGUAACCAAGAAGAAGGAUGAUGGCGGAAAGGUCACCAAGUCUGCACAAAAGUUAGACAAGAAGAAAUGAAUUCUCAUGCCGGACAUCCAACAAAAAGUCACGUCUCAGCAGCCAUCCCGUCUUCAUCCCAACGCCGCCUUCUGGUUUAUGAUUAUUAAAACCCAUCGGAAAAGUUUCCGCCGGAAAGGAGGGUUUGGGCUUUUUAGAGAACUGUUGAAACGAAUUAGGUUAAAAGCAGAAUAAUAAAAAAAAUCUUAAACAUG